GCCAUUGCAGAUACACCACGCCCUUUUAUUCAUUGUCCAAGAGAUUUGAAAAUUGAAUUGCCUCGACACCAGAAUUCUGUACAUGUCAGGAUUCCUCAGCCAAAGUCCAACAUGGACUGGUGGCGGUAUGUGGACUCUGAUCCUCCAUGGGGAAAACAAUUGGAAGCUGACUUGAAAGUAGGCACUACAACUGUGACAUUUACUGCUCAUAAUCCUCUGGAUAAUAGUAGUGCUUCAUGUAGCGUUUUAAUUUUUGUGAGAGAUACCGAAGCUCCUAGAAUGACCGACUGCCCUCAGUCAUUUGAUGUCCAACUUGCACCUGGCGAAAAAUCAAAAGUGAUAACAUGGGAUGAACCUAUCUUCAUAGAUAAUGUGGGUGUGGUGCAGGUUUAUAAAUCUAAAGAACCGGGAAAGAGUAUGUCUGCUGGUUUACAUCAUGUUAACUACUUAGCAUCUGAUGCUGCAGGAAAUAGAGCAAAAUGCCAGUUUUCUAUUCAUGUCAAAGAACAAGAACCACGAAAACUGCCUUAUCCUCCUAAUACUUCCUUCAGAAAAAUGGUCAUAUGCCCUGGAAGAGCUGUUACGAGAAUUGUAACACCUGUGUAUCCAUGGCAGAUACCAAAAGGUUGCCACCUGGGUCAAGGCAGAGUGACUUCCACUACUCAAGUCAUGGCAGGAACUUUUACUAUGAGGCAAGGAUCAAGGCAGAAUCCUUCAGUUAUUCCUCAAAACCGAGGACAUCGAAUACGCCACAGAGGACCAGGAGAAAAGCGGAGAAUGAGGAAACAACGGUUGCAGUCAAAUACAUCUCCUGAUACACUCAUCCAAGUUCCUGAACAAAAUGUUGCUAACACCAGAAGACAUUGUUGUGAGACCUAAUAAAAUGUGGUGUUGUGGAAGGCAGUGUACAAAUUUGUGGUAACAUUUUUGAGGGUGUGAUGUAGCAUUUUAUAAUGAACUUUGUUAAUUUAAGAAGUGAGCUAAUAGUGAAUUACACAGAACUGAAUUCACUGUUCAGCCUGUUGAAGAGAUGGUCUGAUGAAUCUUCCCUAGGACAGACUGAAAAAUUAGUCCAUAUUUGUGAUAAUAUUUAGGAGGACACCAGACGCCAGACACAUUAAUUUAUGUUGUAGAUGGUGCAAAAUAAUAAUGCUCUCUUACUUUCUGUACAUUCUAUUGAGAAAGCAAGAUUUUCAUGCAUAAAACUAUGUCUAUAUUUUGAUGGAAAUAAAUGUAUUGAUAACCCUAUAAUACUAAGCGACUAUUCCCUGAAGAAAGCCCGGACAUAUGAUGUGCAUCUGAUGAAUGUCUGUGCAAUACAUUCCUGAGAGUUUGCUUAGUACAAUAGUUAGGAUAAGCAUUCUUUUAAUUUUUGUUGAAUUGUUUUGUACAAUGUCUUUUGAAGAUGGUAUCACAAACAUUGUUAUGAAAAUGCGCAUUGUGUGUUAAGUGUAUAACAUUCAGAAAUAUACGAAUUGACAUUGAGUGCAUUUCAAAAAUAUUUUUCAAUAUGUCAUUGAAUUGAAUUGAAUUGCAGGUCUGAAACUUUUUUUCUGCGCAUCAAAUUGACCUGGUGUCUAUACUCUGAUAAAAACAGGAAGACCUUUCAAGGUCGUGAGCUGGCAGGAAAGGGGGACAUUGUCAUUGAAUUGUGAGCUUUGUUAUGACUUAAAUUUUUGGUAUUGAUGCUCCUGAUUUGUUGACAGUGUUCCCCUCUCGUUUCAGCUCAUGAUCUUGAAAGAACUUAGUGUUUUAAUAAAAGUAUAAUCCUUAUUUUAGCAUGGUGAGCUCAUAUUUGCAACUUGCAUAUAUGCUACAUCAUGUCAUUUCAGGCUGUUUUGACAAUGUAAAGUGUAAUUUCCAAUUUUAUAAAAAUUUCUCAUUUUUAAUCAUACCUUUAAAUGCCUGAAACACUCUAGAGCAUAAUCAAAUCUGUUAAUUCUAUGCUUCUGAACGUUUAUGGUAAAUUUAAAAGAAAUCUAAACAUACCAUAAGAAUAUGUUAUUUUCUUCUUUUCAUCAAACAUUCUUUUUCAACAUUACCAGACAGCUCACAGGAAAUUUCAAAUUAAUGUAGGACAAUCUACCAUGACCAACAUUAGGUUUCAUUAUAAAAUGGCAUUUUUGUUAUUCUUGUUGAACUGUAAUAUUUUAAAUUGACCGAGCAAAGUGGCUCAAGUUGUAGUGUGCUGACUUCUCGUUCAGGGGCCCGGGUUCAAUCCCUGUGCUGGCCAUCCUAGCCGGGGUUUUUGUGGUUUCCCUUGUUCAUAAACCCAAAUGCUGGGAUGACUACUGAAAAUCCACGACUGUGAAGCAGCUGUCGCUGGCCAAAUUCGUAAACUACAUGAGGUCACGAAAGUUAAGCAAAUUCGAGACAUCGUGAGUUCCUGGUCGGGUGACCAAAAAGGAAUCCCAGGACCUAAUUGCGCUGAAGCCAAUUGCCCUUUAUAGGACAUAUAAUAGCUAAAUACAAAUACAAACAAAGUUUAAAUUGACCAAAGUAACAAUUGUAAUGUUUUUCUUGUUCAUCUCAAAAUAUUAAAAUGUGUAUAGAUGGAGACUCUUGGGUACAAACUCCAGUGAAUGUUGCAUUAAUUUUUGGCAAAAGAAGACAAAAAAUCCUUUUGAAGUUUAAACUUUUUACUUACUAUAACAUAUCCAUUGCCGUGCGCUGUGGAGCCUAGAACAAGAGAUGGGGCCAACUGAAAUUCUAAGGCACCUUUUCCAUUAAACUUUUUCAUUUAUAUACAAUAUACUUUAUUAGUAAAUAAAUAAAACAUACUAUGAGAAUGAAAUUAUAACUUUAAUGACUCA